UUAUAAGAAUGAAAAUUCUUUUUUUGUUUUUUAUUUUAAUUUAUUUUACAAAUGAUAACGGAGAAGCAAGUCCAAUUAGAAGUGAAAUGGGUAGUAAUAUUUCAUCAAGAGGAAGGAAUGAAAAUCAAGUAAAUAGAGAGCAUCCAUUUUAUUAUCAACAUGAAGAGCCUGAUUCAAUGAAUUAUAUUGGGGAUUGGACAAAUCAAACAAAUAUUCCAACAUAUCCAUCUUUUGAACCUAAUUUUGGUCACGAAUCUUCAACACAAAAUGCUGAAUUCGAAAACCAAAAUUAUUUUGGAAAUAGCCCUUAUCAACUUGAAUCAUUGUCUACAUAUCCAACAGAAGUGCCUUUGGAUAAUUUUGACAUUUUUGGCUAUGAUUUGGAUCAAUUUUCACUGUCAAACUGCCAACAUCACACAACAUCCCCUCCACAGCCCGUUAGACAUGAAUUUGUAAUGGAAAAAGAUGUAACAGAAAAUCAUGCAUUGGGACAAACAGAGCAGCAAAAGGGUGAUUAUACCAGGGGCCUAUUCCACCAAACGACAUUGACAUUAAGUGUCGAUGUCCAAGUUACAUAUACGUACUUACAUAUGAGCUUUUUGGUUAAAAAUCAAAUUUAA